AUGGCCGACAAGUACGCCGAGAAGACACCCUUCCUCGACCCCGAGGCGCAGGCCUCCGAAGUAGGUUCUGCUGAACAGAAGCCUGCUCGCAAGACGUUCUGGAGGCAGGCUAAGGCGCUAUGCUACGUUUACGCCGCUUACCUUUUAACCCGCGCCCUCGUCUACUCCGUUUGCCUCUACCUGGAGGUAGAUGAUGUUGCUGGCGUGCAAACGUCAUGGGCUACGUCCGCACUCAGCCAGCUGCGCAAGCCCCGCGUCGACACCGAAGCACUCUAUCUUUCUGUUCCCGACCCCGCGAGCGCACUCCUCGCCUCACGCGAGUACGCGACGCACCCCCACAUCGCCGGCUCCAUCGAGGACUACACCGACGCGACCGUCAUCCUGAAGCUCUUCCAGGACCACUUCGGCAUCGUCGCCCCGCCCGAGCCCCCGCUCUUCCCCGCCGGCUCGCCCGCCUCCCGCUCAGCGACGCUCGACAUCAACAAGCUGCACAAGCCCGCGGCCUGGAUCGACAUCUACUACCCCGUCAUGAACACCCCGCUCGACCGCGCCGUCGAGAUCCUCGGCGCGGACGGCGAGGUCGAGUUCUCCGCGGACCUGGUCGAGGACGGCGACCCGCGCGAUCCCGAGGCGGCUGAGUACCGCGAUGCUGUGCCCACCUUCCACGGACUGAGCGCGGACGGUAUUGCUGAGGGCGAGAUCGUGUACGUGAACUAUGGCAGGAAGGAGGACUACGACGAGAUCGUCGCCAAGGGCGGAAACCUGACCGGCAAGAUCGUGCUUGCGCGGUACGGCGCGAACUUCCGCGGACUGAAGAUUCUCGGCGCUGAGCAGCUCGGCGCCGCUGGAGUGCUCAUCUACUCCGACCCGCGCGACGACGGCGCAGUGACCGUCGCGAACGGCUACGAGCCGUACCCCGCCGGGCCCGCGCGCAACCCGACCGCCGUGCAGCGCGGAAGCGUGCAGUACCUGUCGCUCUACCCUGGGGACCCGACGACCCCUGGCGCGCCCGCGUAUGCGAACGCGACGCGCCUAGAGGGCGGGAACAUCCCGAAGAUCCCCAGUCUGCCGAUCUCGUGGGCGAACGCGCAGCGGCUGCUGAAGGAGAUCUCCGGUGGUGAGGCGGAGGCUGCGUUCGUGCUUGACGGGCACGCUAGUGAGAAGAAGGUUAAGCUGGUGAACCAUGUCAACACGCGCGUCAUGCCCAUCUGGAACACCAUGGCAGCCAUUCCUGGACACAUCAAGAACGAGACCGUUUUCAUCGGCUGCCACCGCGACGCUUGGGUCAUGGGUGCGGCUGACCCGACUUCGGGCACCGUAUCUAUCCACGAGGUCGUGCGCGGCUUCGGCGAGCUCCUCAAGAGCGGCUGGAAGCCCCUCCGCAACGUCGUCUUCGCCAGCUGGGAUGCUGAGGAGUACGGCCUCAUCGGCAGCACCGAAUGGGCCGAGGACUUCCCAGAAUGGGUCUCCGCAAACGUCGUCUCCUACAUCAACCUCGACGUCUCCUCCUCCGGCACGGUGUGGAACGCGGGCGGCUCGCCCUCGCUCGCGCACCUCAUCCGCGCGGCCGCGCUCGCGGUGCCGCACCCGACCGACCCCUCCAAGACGCUCUGGGACGCACGUAAGGAUAGCGGACCGUUUGAGGGCGCGCUGGACCCGGAGUUCGCGGAAAUGUACGAGGCGGAGCAGCACGUGCGUGCGGCGCGGCAGGGGAAGGACGAGGUUGGGAUCCCGGCGUUGGGCUCGGGGAGCGACUUUACGCCGUUCUUGCAGCGGCUUGGUGUUGCGAGCAUGGACCAGGGCUUUGGGGGUACGCCGAACGACGCACCUUACCACUACCACUCCAUCUACGACUCUCAGCUGUGGCAGGAGAGAUACGCGGACCCAGGCUUCGUUCGUCAUGUCGCGGUCGCCAAGCACCUAGGCCUCGUCGCGCUGCGCCUGACAGACUCGAUCAUCCUCCCGCUCAACACAACGCAUUACUCCCUCGAACUCGACGACUACCUCGACAGCGUAGAAGCCAUCGCCGCCUCCCUCCAGGCCGACGCCGACUUCACCGGGCUGCGGCGCUCCAUCAAGCGGCUCCAAUCCGCGUCCGCCGCGCUCGACGCCGAGAAGGACGAGGCCGGGCGCAAGCUGCAGGAGCUCCUCGACAAGAUCCCGCUCUCCCAGGAUUCCCAUGCGUCUGGCCUCCUCCCGGAGUGGCUGCAGCGCCUGCUGAAGGCGAUCUUCGGGCACGCGCGCCCGGGCCCGCUGGGAAGGUUCGUGAAGGCGGCGAAGCGCGUGCAAAGCGCGAACGCGAAGCUCGUCGCGUUUGAGCGCGGGUUCAUCCACGAGGAGGGGAUCGAGGGCCGCGAGUGGUACAGGCAUCUUGGGGUCGCGCCGGGGAGGUGGCUCGGAUACGGAGCGACGACGCUGCCGUCGAUCACGGAAGCGCUGACGUUCGAAGGGAACGCGACGCUCGCGGAGCUGGAGGCGAGCCGUGUGUCCGCGCUCUUGGACAAGCUCACGGAGACUAUCAAGGUGUAAGCGCGUACGGUACGCGCGCGCUUUCGAUUUACUUGUGCAAGUCCUUCGGAAGGCGGUUUGGAUGAUGAAACAAUAUAU